ACGUGUGCACAUUCAUGGUACAGGAUCAUUUCUUCUCGGAGGGGGAAUUGCAUUUGUCAUUUCGUUCAGUCUCGCUCUGUACGCCAGUGUCGCAAGAUGAAUCUUUACACGGGGAUUAUUCUGAUUUUUAUCGUUUGUCAAUCCGGAGGUAUGACGACGGUGGGAUACUGUUUUCAACUAGACGUACGCAUUCUCUGGUGCAAUUCGACGACUCUGACGCGAAUUGUUGCUUCCGGCCUGAAGAAGGGAAACCUAUUUUUGACAACAGUCAAAAUAAAUGCCUCGUGCUUACUAAACUUUUCUAUACUGCGUUUCAAUGCCGAUGUAACUACUCAGUGGAAAUACCCAAUUGCCCAUACGAGUGCGAACAAUUCGACUGUCUGGAAAAAUCAAGCCUUUAUUGCUUUCGCAUAUUCCCAAAAACGACCGAUUUCAGCGCCCUUCUGAUCGAAGAUAAAAAGGACCAGAAAGCCCUGACGACUCAAAUCGGAUGCGAAGAUCUGGUCGAAACGUACGGACUGACUGGCAGUGGUAACGACAUAUUUGUGGAAUGUUGGACCGAACGGAUCGGCCAAAAUGACACAUUCACGUGCCAGUUGCCUCCAAAAAAUUACAGGCAUCAACCUAAAAGUUCAAUGAAUGAUACCGGCUCCGUAUCGUCAUCAAAGAUAAAUAUGAACUUCACCCUUGUACCUCAGGAUAAGGGGGUUUAUAAGGGAAUUUGUGGACUUUGCUUCUGCGACGAAGUUGAGCAAAAUCGGUCAGUAUUUCGACUAUGCCCGUGUGACGUGGACUUAAAAAACGAACCUGAAACAAAACAUCUGAUGCUAUACGUAUUGGUUACAACAGGAAUAAUUUUUAUUGUGUUAUUAAUAAUUUGCGGCACGUAUAAAUUAGUGUCAAAGAAAACUGGAAAAUUUCAGCCGGUUUCAAAAAUCGAAACAGUUCAGAUGUAACAUUGGCUGAAAAGAAAAAUCUGCCAACACUGCUGUAUGUUUUCUCAUUACUGACAUGGAUCAAAACUGUCCUGAUUUUUUUUUUUAAUAUAACUUUUCGAUUAUUAUUUACCCUUCAUAAAUCCGUCAUGAAUUAUAUUUUUUAUUAGUAGGUAUAACGUAUAAUUACCGUUAAUUUUAGUACCGACGGCUAUUAUCAUGUUAUGUAUUUAUUGUUAUGCUAAUAAACUAUUGUACGAUUUGUUA